GGUUCUAGGGAAAAGGAGUUCUGGUUUGUAUGGCCUACCUUGAGGAGGAAUUCUGGUUUCUAUGGCUAGACUUUGGGGAGAAUGGGACUUACAGACAGGAAGGCAGAAGGUGGUCAGUGAAACACUUUUAUAAUCAUAAUCCCAUUUUGAGUAUUUCUGUGUUAUGGAAUGUUUGUUCUCUCAUUUCCUGAAAGAUUCCAGAGACUCCUCAUUCAGUGUUGUGAAAAAGUUCAGGAAAUGCAACUCAAAAAUGUGCCACUUUGUUACGCUAAUUUCUUUGAACUGAGGGCACCUAGGAAACAGUAAAUUCAAGGAAGGGCUUUCUCUGAACUCUAAUCAAAAAUUUCAAAAUUAAAAAAAAAUUCAAAAAGGAAUUUAGUUGUUAAGAUUCACUUCCCUGGGGAAUCUCAUCAACCAGAGAAGAUUAACUGUAUCACAGGAGAAGAGACUGGUGGUUAACACCAUCUAAACAGACUUUGUCACAGCUGUCACCUAUUCUUUGAAACACCCAUUUAUUUUUCUCCAAAAUCAUAUACUCUCCCCUAAGUUGCCUACAUCCCCCUUCUUUCUCCCUUAUGAAUCAAGAGAGCUUAUAAGCUUCUACAGUUCAUUGGGAUUUGGAGUAUUCGCUUUUCUUCCCUCCCACUCCCCCUCCCCUUUUUUUGUCUUUGAGACAGUCUUCUGGCUCUGCCGCCCACGCUGGAGUGUGGUGGCUCUAUGUGAACUCACUGCAACCUCCUCCUCUCGGGUUCAAGCGAUCCUCCCACCUCAGCUUCUCGAGUAACUGGAACUACAGGCGUGCACUACCAAGCCCGGCUUUUUUUUUUUCUUUUUCUCCCCCGUUUCUUUUUUGGAUAUUUUACUGGAGACAGGGUUUCUCCAUGUUGUCCACGCUGGUCUCGAACGCCUGACCCGCCGUCCUCGGCCUCCCAAAGUGCUAGUAUUACGGGCAUGAGCCACUGCGCCCGAUUUGAAGGACCUCUUAAAUAUCUAUUUAGAAAUUGGUCGGAGUCCUCUCCUUUCCAAAAACAUGAGUCACAAUCCCGGAAAAGCACGAGCGGCUGAAAGUCAAAAUAACCAGAACAAAACCUCCACUCAUGCUUAAAAAAGGUAUUUUGACAAAAUCCUAAUUCGGCCAAUUAUUAUUAGUAUUCAAGUCGAAGGCUCGUCAAGCCAGACUGGGGAUUGGGUCAAACAUAAACCUUACACCAGACGGAAGGAUUACAUGCAAAUGAAGGAUGCAGAUUCUGAUUUCCCAUUGGGUAUUUGACAUUAGCCAAUGGGAGAAUUCCCCACACCCUACCUCCAGUCAGUAUAAAUACUUCUCUGCCUUGCGUUUUAAUGUAGUUUCAUUACAUUUUCUUGUGGCGAUUUUUCCUUCUUAUCAGAAGUAGUUAUGUCUGGUCGCGGCAAACAAGGCGGUAAAGCUCGCGCCAAGGCUAAGACUCGGUCUUCUCGUGCAGGUUUGCAGUUUCCUGUGGGCCGAGUGCACCGCCUGCUCCGCAAAGGCAACUACUCCGAGCGCGUCGGGGCUGGCGCGCCGGUGUAUCUCGCGGCGGUGCUUGAGUACCUGACCGCCGAGAUCCUGGAGCUGGCGGGCAAUGCGGCCCGCGACAACAAGAAGACCCGCAUCAUCCCGCGCCACCUGCAAUUGGCCAUCCGCAAUGACGAGGAACUUAAUAAACUUUUGGGGCGUGUGACCAUCGCGCAGGGUGGCGUGCUGCCUAAUAUUCAGGCGGUGCUGCUGCCUAAGAAGACUGAGAGCCAUCAUAAGGCCAAGGGAAAGUGAAGAGUUAACGCUUCGUACACUGCUGUUUUUCUGUCAGCAGACGAAAUCAGCCUAACAGCAAAGGCUCUUUUCAGAGCCACCUACGACUUCCAUUAAAUGAGCUGUUGUGCUUUGGAUUAUGCCGCCCAUAAAGAUGUUUUUGAGGUGUUUUUAAUGGUUUUGAGUGUGGCACUUUUAGUAAUUUGUCCUGCAGAAAUUAGAUCCAUAGAAACCUCAGGAAUUCUAGGUAUGUGGGAGAAGUGCCAUGCAGCACUAAACAUGUUUACAGGGGUGAUUCGCGUUAAGUUUCACACACAGCAGUUACUACAUUUUAGAGGAAGGAAAUUAUACCCAUGAGUGCAUGCCUAACUAUCUUGAAUGGAAGUGUUAAAACCCGCAUGCCCCACACGUUAAAAGUUUGAAUAUGUCAUGCCAUUUGCUGUAGCAAUUAAUGGCAUACACAAUUGAGAGCACACACAUUACCACUGAACAUUUGAGUAUUUCCCAAAAUGAGCUUUUUUCCAGUUUGGGGAUGUUUUGCUUUGUUUUGGGGUGGAGUCUCCCUCUCGCCCAAGCUGGAGUGCAGCGGCGUGAUAACAGCUCACUGUAACCUCGAACUCGGGCUCAAGCGAUCCUCUUGACAGCCUUCCGAGUAGCUGAGAUUACAGGCGAGAGCCGCCACGCCCGGCUAAGAGCAUUUUUCUAAUUGCCCACACUUCUUAUGCGACGCCCAGAAAAAUACAAUUUUAAAUAAAGCGCAUAUGCAAACUUCCCUAAUCGUCUCCAAUAUUCUCUGAUUUCUUUUUUAUAUUUUAACUAGAAACAAUUGGAGGUUUCCGCGUCGCUUUGUGUGGUUGUAAAUUUUAAGACUUCAGGAAACUUUUCCAGUACAAGACUUGUCCACAGUGGAUAUAGCAGCUAAGGGGUUAACAAAAUGACGUCAGAGUAGCUACGGUAAUGGGCAGGAGCCUCUCUUAAUCUGCAACCAGGCACAGAGAUGGACCAAUCCAAGAAGGGCGCGGGGAUUUUUGAAUUUUCUUGGGUCCAAUAGUUGGUGGUCUGACUCUAUAAAAGAAGAGUAGCUCUUUUACUCCACAGACGUCUCUGCAGGCAAGCUUUUCUGUGGUUUUGCCAUGG